AUGCCACAGCAAUGCCCGUUCUGCACUCCUGCGCGGGCCAACGAUCGACAGGAUGCCAGAGCAACAACCGAGACCGCCCGGGUGGAGGCGGCCAGGGAGGAUCUCAUCCUCUCACGAUCUUGGGAACCGGUCCAUUGUCUGAGGGCAAGGCGUAUAAGUGGGGAUAACAAGUGGGGAAAACAGCCCACAGAGAGCGCGGAGGCAGCUGUUGCAGCAGCUGGAGGAUAUGCACGGAUUUGCAUGGGCUCAGGUAGCACACCUGUCCGGGCCGUUGGCUCUUCCGCCGGAAACCAGCACGUGCCUCGGCGGACCUUUAACUCGAUCGCUAUUCAGUGGGCCGUGUCCUCGGGCCAGCUCGACCAUAUCUAG